AUGCCUGCGUCCAAUCACGCGAAUCCCCGCAGACACUACAAGUGCUGCACGGCAGUGCUAUGCCUUGGUUACGCACUUACCCGGCCAGUGCCAGCGUGCGUAACGCCGCGAGUCAUCAUUGCUGGCCUCGGCCCCGGAGACCCGGAGCACUUGACGAAAGGCGUGUGGAGCCAGCUUUGCAACUGUCAGCGUUUGUACGCACGCUUUGCGAAGCAUCCAGUCCUGGAGUCACUCCCGGCAUCUGUGACUCUUACAACCUUUGAUCAGUAUUAUGAGGAAGCUGACACUUUCGAGGGGUUGUACAGCAACAUUUCGGACACGAUCUUGGAGCUAGCAAAAAAGCACGGUGAAGUUGUCUAUGCAGUGCCCGGCGAUCCGUGCGUGGGCGAAACAACUACGAAGAUGAUUCGACAACGAAGUGCCGAUGAAGGUGUGAGAGUCGAAGUACUGCCCGGUGUUAGCUUCGUGGAACCUUCACUGGCCGCCCUGGGUGUGGAUAUGCUUCCAAGACUGGCUGUGGGAGAUGCUUACGAGCUCACUGGCUUCCAGUCCCUCCCUUUCGAAUGCAGCACUCCACUGUUGAUUUCUCAGGUAGAUGAUCAGAUCUCGGCCAAUGCUCUAAAGCUUGUCCUUAUGAGCACCUACGAGGCAGAGCAUGAGGUAGCCCUGGUCCAUUCGGCCGGCGUUCAAGGAACUGCUCAAGUGGAGUGGUUACCUCUGCAGAACAUCGACCGCAGCAAGAGCAUUGGCAUAACUACAUCCUUGUUCGUGCCAGCCAGCAGCGGUGGGUCCUUCACAGAUCUCCGUGACAGGAUGGCAGGACGACGCAUCAAGUUGGGGGAGUCUUGGGACGACCUGACGCACGCAGAGUUAGCACGAGGCCUGGUUCGGGCAAGCGAAAAGGUCGCAAAAGCCGCGGAGCAGGAUUCAAAGGAAUCCAUGGGUGACUUGGCUGAUGCUUUGGCAUUGGUUCUGAUUCAAGCUGCUGCACACAUGCAGCUUGCAGAAGACGAUUUUGACUUUAGCACUGGAGAUGUCCUGAAGCGAAACACUGUCCAAGUGAACACGGAGGAGUUCGCCUGCGUCGUUAGCAUCUCUGCGACUGACUCCGCUGUUCUCAUCGUGCAGGAGCCGCCUGAUGUCAAGCAGUUGCAGUUAGAGGGAUUUGACCUGGUCCUGACUUGGCAACAGCAGCAUCUUGAACUCCAGCAGUCCCGCUUCUUCGUGCCUGCUACUCCCUGGCUCCUGGCAGCAGAGUGGCCUCGGUUUCUUUCGAAGAAGCCUGGCCUGGGAUUUCUCCGAGGAAGCAAAAGCCAAAUGGCCGGACACCGUUUGCGUCACCGGAUCUGGGAGGCUCGGGAGCAACUCCAAAGUGUGUGCGAGGUGCCGCUCCAGUUCCUCCAGGGAGGAGGCAUAAGUCGUGAUGAGCGCAACCUCCAGUUCUUCAACCAGUUCGUGCUGGUCAUCGAGAACUCCAGGCAUGAGAACUACUUUUCUGAGAAGCUUCUGGAUGCCUUGGCCGCUCGGACGCUGCAAAAAGCCAUCCGCUUGCCCGUCACCCUGUGCUUGCCCUGGUCGACAUUGCAGCUCACGCAGUCCGUGCCCGUUUACUGGGGCUGUCCGAACAUCGGCGACUUCUUCGAUGUUGCAGCUUGGGUGAAUGCAGGCAUGGUCGUCCUCCAGAGCACAGAAAUCGACGAGGUGCAAUUCGCUCGGCCAAGUCUUGAAGUCACCUACGAGCUGCAGAGAGCAUCUCUGACAAAUGCUUUUGACUACUGCCACUACGAAGCUCAUCAAGAAGCUUUGCGGGAGAACAGCGAACGAGCUCAGAGAUACUCUGGUGAUUUCGGUUUUCGACUUCAGCAGGCCAUCGAGGAAGCACUCCAAGCGCAGACUGACAUCGGUCAAUCCGGCCUUGGCGCUUGGGAUGAGAUCGCAAGCCCCAAGUGCAAAAAAAUGCUGAGGUGCUAUAUGCGUUCGAAUGCCUCGCUUUCCAUAAAUGAAGCUGACUGUCUCCUUUUUGUUUUCGCGGUGGCAAAGCCACGACUGCAAAGAUCGGAGCUGCCGAUGCCAGCCGCAGCCUCUGAGCGCAUGGCGCUGGGCCUUCGGUUCCACCCGUCGCAUGGCUGUUUGACAAAGCGAAUUAUGCUUUCCUAUCCAUGGCCGGUGCUUGAGUCGUGGGCAUCUCUGGGCGGAGGCUUCGUAGCUGCCGGGUCCGCCCGCAUAUCCAUGACCUGGCAGAUUUGUCCCAUUGAUCCAUCUUUAAGCGGCCUCUUUGACGCUGGUUUGCCAGACCGAGCCUACAAGCAGGUCGUGACUUUCGCGACUAGGAUGAAAUGGCCGCUUCUUUAUGGGAGCAUUGGUGGUGCACUGAUUCUGCUUCUGAAGAUGAUUUCGGACGUCGGUGGUGGUGCCCGGCGGGGGCCUGACUGCCGAGGGCAGUCCACCUCUGUGGGUGCCGCCAGCCUGUACUUCGCCUAUGUGAGAUCCGGUCAGCGGGCUGCUGUCAGGCCAAUGCCACAUGAUCCGCACUCCGGUUUCCAGGUGUUGGAAGCCGAGGCAAAUGCACGAUGCUUGAUACGAGACUUCAACGUUCCCCCGCAGGACGUAUUUGAGGAGAGCUGGUCGUUAGACACGAUUGGAAAUGCUUACAUGCUGAGGACAACUCACACAGACAUCGCCGGCUGGAGAAGACUGACAAUCAUCAGCAACCAGUUUCACAUGCCCCGAAUCCGGGCGAUUUUCGACAAGGUGUUCGGCCUAGGCCCACUUCCCAGCAAGCACUACAGUCUGCAAUAUAGAGAAGUGCCGAACGACGGCAUGGCGCAGGAUGUGCUCGAAGGUCGUCAGGCUCGAGAGGCAAAGUCCAUCGAGAAUUUCAGGCUUGAGCUGCAGAGAGCUUGA